CCCUGCUUCCUCUUGGGGAAACAUUUCUGCUGGCUCCAGGGCUUUGCACACCUAUAAAACUUAGCAAUGGGAAAUAAAGAAAUUCUCAAGGAGGAAGCCUUCUUGGCGAGCGCAGAAGAAGGAGCUGAUUUUGACCAAGCCAUGUUCCCUGUGAUGGAGACCUUUGAAAUCAAUGAUCCAAUGCCCAAGAAGAGAAAUUGGGGGAGCUUUUGCAUGACAAUCAUGGCCAUCCACCUGAUCCUGCUCACAGCAGGUACCACCCUGCUGAUGCUUAAAGUUCUCAGUCUGCAUAAGUGGAUCCUGGAGAAGUGCUUAGACAACGAGACCCUGGCUGCUGAGGACAGGUCGUUCUUCUCGCCACAGCUGGCAAAUCCCAAAACACACCUGGCAGCCAGAACAUCGGGGCUGCAAGCCCUACAGGUCCAGGUCACACAGGUCCGCAUCAGCCAGGAGCAACUGCUUCAGCAGAUGGAUAACCUCACGCGGAACCCAGAGCUGUUCCGGAUUAAGGGUGAACGAGGCUCCCCAGGUGUCCCGGGACUCCAGGGCCCACCAGGUGUCAAAGGAGAGGCAGGCCUCCAGGGUGCACCAGGGAAGCAAGGAGUAACUGGUGCCCCAGGACCUCAAGGAGAGAAAGGCCUCGCUGGCCCCAAGGGGGAACAUGGCCCCAAGGGGGACAAAGGUGACCGAGGCCUUCCAGGGAGCAAAGGGGACAUGGGCAUGAAGGGAGUCACAGGAGUCAUGGGGCCCCCUGGAGCCCAGGGAAAUAAAGGCGAUCCUGGGAAGCCAGGCCUAUCAGGUUUGCCUGGGUCUCCUGGAGCCAAAGGCGAUCAAGGACAACCUGGAGUGCAGGGUGUUCCAGGCACUCCUGGUGCAGCGGGACAGCCAGGUGCCAAGGGUGAGCCAGGCCAUCCUGGUAUUCCUGGACCAGCAGGACCCCCAGGGAACUCCGGGAGUCCAGGAGCCGCAGGUGUGAAAGGAAGCAAAGGGGACACAGGAAUUCAAGGACAGAAAGGCACAAAAGGCGAAUCCGGAGUCCCAGGCCUUGCAGGCAGAAAGGGAGACACUGGAAACCCUGGGCCGGUAGGCCCCAAAGGAGAACCAGGAAGACCCGGCCUGAAGGGAGAGCCUGGAAUGAAAGGGUCUCCUGGCCCGCAAGGACAACCAGGACAAAAGGGUCAGAAAGGCGAGUCCUUCAAAGAGGUCCGGAUUGUGGGAGGCACCAGUCGAGGCCGAGCCGAAAUUUUCCACAACAAUGUCUGGGGGACAAUUUGUGAUGAUGGCUGGGAUAAUAAAGAUGCCACGGUCUUCUGCCGCAUGCUCGGUUACUCCAGUGGGAAAGGACUUUCCAGCUUCGGAGGUGGCUCUGGGAAUAUCUGGCUGGAUGAUGUGGAUUGUCUGGGGACAGAGGACAGUCUGUGGAGCUGCAGGAAGAGCACCUGGGGCUCUCACAAUUGCAACCAUAAUGAAGACGCAGGCGUGGAGUGCCGCUAACUGACUUGGGUGCCGCAGAGCUCUAAGCUGUGUCCCCAGGUGCCUUUGGGCUCCACUCACACGGAGAUCUGUGGGCUCCCCCACUCUGUGGAGGGGAGAGUAAUAAAGCUUUACUGGGGA